AAUGCAGUGACUUUAAUCAGGAUCUUCGGACGAGCCAUUUCUGUCGUAUCGGAGUGGCGCGUAUUAGUGCUGCUCGAGACCAAAGCCUGUCUGAAAGCGCAGCAACUGUUGCGGUCAAGUUUCUUGAUGAUAAACAUACGCCGGAAGAGGAACGGUGUUUCAUAGCCGAAAUGGCCACAUUUAUGCGAGUGGGCCGACAUCCAAAUAUUGUCAAUCUCAUUGCGGUUGUCUUGAAGGGUCGUCCCAUGAUUGUUAUGGAAUACUGUCCUCAUGGAUCGCUGUACCAGUAUUUACAAAAUUUAAAGGCCGAUAACGCAGAGACCGAAAUCACAGCGGAUGUCGAUUUCCUGCUGUCGAAACUCCAGCAGAUCGCGAUAGGCAUGGCCUUCUUAACCACCCGGGGGAUUCUGCACCGUGACCUAGCCGCUCGUAAUGUCCUGCUGGACGACAACCUAACCGCGAAAAUCAGUGAUUUUGGCUUAGCAAGAGCUCGCAGCGAGUACAUUCUGCAACGUCCUAAUAUCAAACUACCCUUGGGAUGGAUGGCACCGGAGACGCUGAUUCCCGGAGAUGGGCGCUACAGCGAAAAGAGCGAUGUGUGGUCCUUCGGAGUGAUAACAUGGGAAUGCUUCACCUAUGGUCAAACGCCGUAUUCGCAGUCGUUUCCGCUAGGCCUGGAUGUUGAUGGCCUUUCGCAGUUUCUCUUGAGUGGACAACGAUUGAUUCUCCCGGAAACAUGCCCGGACUGGAUGCGAGCAUUGGUCGCUGAUUGUUGGAGCUGGGAGGUCAGUGGUCGGUUGUCGUUUAAAGAAAUUGUGAGCUUGAUGGGUAAAUAUUCCAAAGUUGCCAAUCCCGAGGAGGAAAUCGAAACCUUGUAGACCGUUAUUUGUCAGAUGUGUCAGCUAUCGGCAUGGUGUUACGGGCGCUGCCGUACUGGCACCGUACCAAAAAGAAUUUAAACUCCUAUUCAAGCGAGAACUUGAAAUUUUCUCUCUUCUUGGACUA